AUAAAUCAAAUAUAAAAUGCUACAAUUGCGUGACGGACUGAUGAUGUUGAUUCAUUCCAGUGUAUCGAGAAUCCAGGAUAUUUAUUUAUAGCGAACCGAUCCAUAAUCUGAUCACGCUUCAAAUCUAGCUGAAACGAAACGAUGUCAAGUCAGUUGAAUCAUUUUGUAGUGCAAAAUCACUUGAAUUGUUGGAGUAAAAUGGGCCAAAACAGCAUCGUACAGCCCCUUUUAACUGAUUUGUAUCAAAUAACAAUGGCCUAUGCUUAUUGGAGAUCCGGCAAGCAUGAGGAUAGAGCUGUCUUUGAUUUGUUCUUCCGCAAGAACCCGUUCAAUGGAGAGUUUACAAUAUUUGCAGGUUUGGAAGAGUGCUUGAAAUUCUUAGAGAAAUUUAGAUAUUCGGAAAGCGACAUUGAGUAUAUUAAGCAAAUACUUCCAUCGCACAUUGAACAAGAGUUUUAUGAUUACUUGAGUACAUUAACAGCUAAAGAUAUUAAAUUAUAUGCUGUCCAAGAAGGCACAGUCGUAUUUCCUAGAGUACCACUACUCAGAGUAGAAGGACCCCUUAUCAUAGCCCAACUAUUGGAAACCACAUUACUAACUUUAGUAAACUAUGCAAGUUUAAUGGCAACUAAUGCAGCUAGGUAUCGAAUGGCAGCUGGAAAGCUGAAACUUUAUGAAUUUGGCCUUAGAAGAGCACAAGGUCCUGAUGGAGGCUUAUCAGCAUCAAAAUAUGCCUAUAUAGGCGGUUUUGAUGGUACCAGCAAUGUAUUAGCUGGCAAAAUUUUUAACAUUCCAGUGAAAGGAACGCAUGCACACUCUUACAUAACUUCUUUCAACAAAUUUGAUGAAAUUACUCAUAAAGAACUAUUGCCAGCUGGUGGAGGACAACCCAUUAAUUUUUUGGAACUAGCCAUAGGCUUUAGAAUGAAGCUUGUCUCAAUAUUCAAUGUAUUACUAUCUGAAGUUAGUGAUGGUGAACUAGCAGCAUUUGCCUCUUUUGCAAUAGCUUUACCAACUAACUUUAUGGCGUUAGUCGAUACUUAUGAUGUUAAAAAGAGCGGGCUUAUUAAUUUUUGUGCUACUGCAUUGGCAUUGAAUGAGCUGGGGUACAAGGCUUUAGGAAUCAGACUUGAUAGUGGUGACCUGGCCUAUUUAUCCUGUAUAGCAAGAAAAUAUUUCCAAAGAGUUGCUCAAGAAUACAACAUUCCAUAUUUUGGUGAGUUAUUAAUAAUGGCAUCCAAUGAUAUCAAUGAAGAGACGAUAUUAAGUCUUAAUGAACAAGGACAUUGUAUUGAUUCAUUUGGAAUUGGCACUCAUUUGGUAACCUGUCAAAAGCAGCCCGCAUUGGGUUGUGUAUUUAAAAUGGUAGAAUUAAAUGGAGAACCUCGCAUAAAGCUUAGUCAGGAUGUUCAAAAAGUAACCAUUCCAGGAAAAAAAGACGUUUAUAGAUUGUAUGGGGAGUCAGGCGCUGCACUGAUAGAUUUACUACAAAGGAGUACCGAAGAUGCACCCGCUGAUGGCAGGAAGGUUUUGUGCAGACAUCCAUUCCAAGAAUCCAAAAGAGCCUUUGUCAUCCCUUCAAAGGUCGAGAAGCUACUUAUACUACAGUUCGAUAACGGACGCAUAAGUCAUUGCGUCGAAACUCUACAAGAAGUACAACAAAGGGUUGAAAAUUCUCUUAGAAUACUACGACCCGAUAUUAAGAGAACUUUGAACCCUACACCAUAUAAAGUUUCUGUGAGUGAUGAUUUAUAUCAUUACUUACAUACUUUGUGGCUGGCAAAUGCACCAAUUGGGGAACUAUCCUAAUAAGUAUUACGAAUAAUAAUUAUCGCACUGAAAAAAAGGCUAAUAUAGUAGUUAGACGUUAAUCCACAUGCAAACUUAGGUAUUAUUAUAAGGGGCAAUAAAUGUUAAGUAUUGCAUCAAGUAAGAUAAUGUAACUGUUACGGCUUCUUUUUACUACAAAUAGGCUGCAGGCAUCUUUUUAUAAUUGUUCAUAAGCAUUUUUAUUACUUUUCGACAGUCAGAAUUGUAAAAAGCAAUAAUUUGUUGCAGUCUAAUUAUAAUAGGUCUGUUUCUGCAGAAAUCACAAAUCAGUCAGAGAGAAUUUCAUUGGUUGAAAACAGUCAAAAACAAUCAGAAAACUAGUUUCAACCAAUGAAAUUCACUCUGAUGGUUUGUGAUUUCUGCAGAAACAGACCUAAUAGCAUCAGUAUUAUUUUGUGAAAAUCUUGACAUCAAAAACUUAAUGGCUCUUUGUAAAUUAUAAUCAACAUGUUCUUGGACAGUUAGGUAUAUUCUGAGCAUAACACACAUCUGCACAAGUUCUAUUUUGUUUUCCUCCUCAAACCGUGUUCAGUGCAUUCUGUAACAUCAAAAAGAAGUGUGAAAUAUCAUCCGCGAACCUGUUAAGAGGAGCCUACUAAAAUUUUGAUGUCUCACGCCUAGUGAUAAAUGCUGGGCAUUCCUUUUUAAAUUUGUUGCAUUUCUUGGUUAAUCUUCCAUUUUUAACCUUAUACCCUAUUCCUGCUCUAACGCAAGAAAUUUGAAUGUUGUAAGUAAUAAACAAGUUUAUUAUUAUUAUAAAUAAUAGAGGCAGUAGUAGUUGUUAAGGCCUAUGUAUAAGUCUAAGAACUGUAUGUAUAUAUUUUAAGUUUGGAAACAUACAUAUUUUUGUUUGUUAAUCUAUGCCAUACUAUACUAUACUAUAUUUUGUUACAUGAUUGUUUUAUUUGAAAAAAGAAGGUCAUACCUAUGCUUUUAGCAUUAAAAUUGUUGGAUAUUUCGUUAUUUUCUGUUAAUUUUUAAUAAUGGUUAUAUUGGUAGGAUUUUAUUUUUAAAAUACUUAUUAGAUUUAUUUGGGAUUAUUUAGCUAGGGCAAGCAAACAGAUAAAAGGUGAAAGAGUGCCACAAUAAUUUGAAUGGCAUUACUUGAAGUGUAGUAAUAGUCUGAGUAAAAAAUGUAUUUGAGAAUAAUUCUUGAUUUCUUUUUACUAUCUUUGCCUUUUUUCUAUUAAUAAGUAAGCUAUUUGAUAGUUUCCCUAUUAACUGCAAUACAAGUUCUAUUGAAAUUGUCACAGAUUUUACUAUUACUGCUUAUUGAUCCUUGUUGAUUGUACCUGGUCGUGACUUGACCGAUACUAAGAAUCAACCUCACCUUUUUGCUUGGCCUCACUUUACAGUAAAAUCAGGGGAGAACAUUAUAAAACUAAAUUGUUCUAGCAUUGUCUUUGUAGGACCUAUUUUUAAUAACUACUACUCCGUCAUAAAAAUAAGCACAUUUUGCUAUAUUUUUUUGAACCGUGGAGACUAUUUUGAAAUGUAAAUUCUAGUAUUGAUUUGUGAUAGGAUAAUUUUUUAUACCUACAUAGGUAUUUCAUCAUAUCAAAAAAGCUUUAUUGUCAAAAAAACUCUUUUAGACAAACACAAGUAGACCUUAAUCCUAUAUAAACAAAUUUAAGUUUUAGAUCAAUUUGAUAUUAACCACACUAGUUCUAUGAAUAGGAAUUUAUUACUACUUAUUACUAGUGUGGCUGAUUUACUUUUUAUGCAGAUUUUUAUAUAAUAUUAUUACCUCAGAAUCGAAACUAUAUAGUAAAAACAUUUGUUUGGCACCAUCAAAACUACAAAAUACACUUAAAAUAUGCUAUACUUUCUGUGGCUAUACUUUGCACAAGUAUUUAUAUCGGGUCUUCAAAAAAAAACCAAUCAAAGAUUGCUAUGGUUUUUUAAACGUACGUCUUGGCAAUAUUUUUCUUUAAUUUUGACAAUGUCAGUCAAUGAAAUUUAAUGUCAAAAAUUCUGGCCAAUAAAGAAACAAUAAUCCGACGUACGUUUUCGUAACCAAAGCAAUCUUUGAUUGGUUUUUUUUUUGAAGACCCGAUACCUUUAUAUAGAAAUUAUUUGUUUACAAAUCAGAAUAAAUAUUGUUUUGUUAUAUAUUAAAUAGGGUCGUUGUUAGUAUAAAAACUGUUCCAAUUUUCGUUACCCUUCUUAUAAAAUAAAAGAAAAUAAACAUA